AUGGCUGAGUCUUCUCCGAGCGCAGAUAACGAGAAAAAAAAUGAGGUGCAGCUGGAAAAGCUCAACUCAACCUGGACGGACCAAGCCACCAUCAGUCCUGGGCUGGAAAAGCGCAUCGUCAGGAAGUUCGACAAGCACAUUGUGCCCUGGCUGUUCGCUCUCUGGCUUCUCGCUUUCAUCGACCGGAGCAACAUUGGCAAUGCUAGAAUCGACGGCUUGGAAGAGGAUCUCGACCUCGACGCUGAUAAAUUUAAUAUCGCCCUCGCCAUCUUCUACGUCCCCUACAUCUGCUACGAUGUUCCCAGCAAUCUUGUCCUCAAAUACUUCAAGGCUGGAUACUACCUGCCUGGGAUGGUAACCAUCUGGGGCUUGAUCAGUACCUUCAUGGGCUUCGUGAAGUCUUACCACGGCCUUCUCGCCGCGAGGUUCUUCCUUGGUUUUGCUGAAGGUGGGCUCCUGGGUGGCAUGAUCAUUUAUCUGGCUAUGUUCUACCGUCGCCAUGAGCUUCUGUACCGCAUUGGAAUGUUCUACUGUGCUGCCCCACUAAGUGGUGCUUUUGGUGGUCUCCUGGCCACUGGUCUGGCAAGGAUCAAGACCGACGGCUACAAUGGCUGGCCGUUCAUCUUCUUCAUCGAAGGUGCCAUUACGGUGAUUGUCGGUAUAACGACCAUGUUCUUCCUCCCCCAUACUCCUGCCGAAUCGAAGUUCUUGACGGAAGAAGAACGGAAAGGAGCAGUUUCACGCAUGCACCUCGAUUCCCAUGGUGCCACCACAACUGGCAGCGUCGAAACCGAGAAAUUCAGUUGGGCCUGGGUCAGGCGUGCCCUUCUGAACUGGCAAACGCUCAUCCUCUCCCUGAACUUCUUCGCCAUCAUCACGCCUAUUUACUCCUUCUCCCUAUUUCUUCCUACUAUUAUCAAGACACUUGGCUACACCUCUGUCAAGGCUCAGCUACUUACCGUUCCUCCCAAUGUCGGUGGUUUCUGCAGCGUUAUCCUUGUCGGCCACCUCUCCGACAAAUACAAAGUCCGCGGCCCCUUUAUGAUUGCCCUCGCAACGCUUGCCAUCAUUGGGUAUAUCAUGCAAAUCGCAAGCGCGCGGGCGCUCACACGCUAUGGAGGCACUUUCUUCGUCGCAGCAGGAGUCUUCCCGUGCUCGCCUCUUGUGAUGGGCUGGCUCGCUAACAACCUAGCUCCCCACUACGUCCGAGCAACGGGCACCGGCUUCCAACUCAUGGUCGCCAACAUGGCCGCCUUCAUCGCGACUUUCACCUACCUGCAGAAAGAUGCGCCAAGGUAUACCAGCGGCCAUGCCAUCAACAUUGGCGUGCUCUGCCUCUCGCUCGCGCUCAGCACGAUCAAUAUCUGUUACUGUUUGUGGGAGAACAGGAAAAGGGCAAGUGGUAAGAGGGACUACAGACUGCAGGAAGGCGACGAGGGAAUGCUUGGAUACAGGCAUCCGGAGUUCAAGUACACCAUUUGA